AUGAUAUCACAUAUCUCAUAUCAUAUUGGACCUUUUUGUCCUUUAGAAGAUCAAUUUUUCUACAAAGCAACCGAAUGGAAGAUCAAUGGGAAUGCGGAAGAAGUUAUGAAUCAUUUUAACGUUGCAUGGAUUGAUAAAGGAAAUCCAAGCAAAGAAAUCGUUGAGGAAAGAGAUACACGACAUAAAAUCACCGAUAUUAUUGGAUCAAAAGAUGGGCUUGGAAUUGAAUGUUUGAAGGGUUCAGGAUUAAUCGCUGGCGAGCAUAUAAGGACAUUUUCACAAUAA